GGAUAGGGUAUAGUCUCAUUGUCAUGGGUAAGGUGGCGUUUUCCUUGUGAUCGUAUCUGCUAGGCCACACUUUCAGCGCUAAAAUAAUGUACCUUUAGUCUGGGGUAGGGUAUGUAAAAUCAAGAAAUUGGUCUGGGAUAGGGUAAGGGUUUUGAGAGUCGUGCGGCACAUCACCACCCAAGUUGGGGAGGUAGUACUACCCCACCCAUUGGGCUAGAUCCCGCCCCCCCGGGCUAGAUCCACGAUUAUAUCUAGACGAAAGACUGCUCAGAAGGAAAUAGAAUUAAAAAGCUGCAGGUACAGCCAGAAUGUAUUUUGCUCGACUGGCUAUACUUAGGUUUUGUAGGCCAAGUUGGCAGACAUAAUUCUUGGCUAACACGAUCUUUACGUUCCUCUGCUGGCACACUGUCAAACCGAUCUGAGAUUUAUAUAUCCUCCAGACGUUUUAGGAUUCGAGAAGCCGCCUACCACAUUUGACGCCUCCUGGUAAGGAGGGACUGAGCGGGAAAUCCUUGGGUAGACUAUUGUCUAAGUGAGACUAAGUUCCUCCAGGUUUUUUGAACUACCUCCACUUCCAGUUGCAUCUGCUGGUCCGCUGUUAACGCAGUCGGGGCAGGGUUACACACUUUUAAGGGUUCAGAAAUACAGAUGGAAUGCUUCACUUCGAGCCAUGAAUUUCUCACAAUCUGAUAAUUGGCUUUGUUCAAGGAAGGACUAACAAUUAACGUCCGAAACGUCAGUAAGUUAUUUUAAAUUUGUCUUUUUACAUAACUGUUUCUUUAGAAACACCGGCGCAGCUCACACUAGUUUGCCGCUAGUUCCCAUCAUUUUAACAAUCCGACAAUCUGCUUAAAGGCAGGAACCAUGCGUCAGUCGGUCCAUAAAAAAUGGACUCGAUGGCAAACCAUUUUCUCUUAUCAGUGUUCCUCAGCUAUAAUGUGAAACGCACCAAGGAAAGACGAGGCGAUUACUUUCGAAUGUUCUUCUCUCGGUUCGUCUGGCCUUUGCGCCAUAAUUUUAAAAGGCGAAUAUGUUGGGAUUUUUUUUCGUUCCUUUCAUCUCCUUUCCCGAGUCCUAGCCAUCGUUACAGACGUGGUCGCGCAGCAAACCUGUCAUAACUUGACAACAAUUAAUUGCCAGUACAUUUUUUCCUGAGGGAAGAUCUACAUGUUUGGUUACAUCGUUACGAAAAAAUACCGGUCAAAAAUGAAAGUCCUCAUGAUUGUUACCCUUCAUAUUAUACUUUUUGUCGCUAAAGUGUAGUGAUAGGCGCGCAUGCGCAAGUCGGUGUGUGAAAAGUAGCGUGGCACAUGGUUUUGGAUGUGGCGCGAUGUUGAGUUCUUGUUGAUUAAAAACGAAGUGUCUAUCACAAAGUGUCUUUAUUACAAAAGGAGAAAAGGGAAAUUCUAAAGUCGGUCAAAGAAAUCGACAGAUUUCUGCUCUUGAUGAUGAAGUAUACGACAUACUUGUUAAACUAUGUCGUGGUACUUUCCAUGUCCCUGUUAGCCAAAGAACGGCACUGCAAAAGUCCACGUUAGUCCGGUUUUGGAGGAACAAAGGUCGGUACACUGUAAAGCUGGUGAAUGGGGCUAGAAAGCUUUUCUUCGAUAGAAAAGUAGUCCUUAAAAAAUCAGAGAUUCAAAAGGUGGUCAUGAAGGAAUUCAAGCAUUCAAAGAGUAUGGGAUCGAGAAAACUCAAGAACAAACUAAAAAAGAGAUAUCGUGGAAUCAGUGAACCUUACGUCAAUAAAAUAUUAUCUAAAAGCAAGCUCCAUCAACAGUCAAAUGCUAGAUUUAAUAACAAAGUUAUUAUUAGACCAAUUCGUGCCAGUGCAGUUCAGGUGCGUCACCAGAUUGACCUCGUAGAUAUGACUAAGAAUGCUGUUACAUUAAAAGGGAAGACAUACAGAUACAUUCUAACAAUACAAGAUGUCUUCAGCAGAUAUCUAUGGCUAAGACCUCUCGAAAGAAAACAAAGCGUCCACGUUGCGAGAGAACUGAGAAAUCUGUACAAUGAAGUAGGGCCACCACGCAUUUUGCAAUCAGAUAACGGCGGAGAGUUUAAAAAAGCAGUCGAAAAACUUUGUCGAUUAUUAUCGGUUAAAAUCAUCAGAGGAGCACCCUACCAUCCCCAAACACAAGGAAAGGUGGAGCGCUCACACCGAAGCUUGCAUAAAAAGAUUACUUUCGAUCUCAAUAACUUCUCAAAGAACAUGGGCGUAAAUUGGGCUGCGCGACUGCCCAGCUAUCAAAAGCUUCUUAAUGAAGAGCCCAUGGAAGCUCUUGAAAAUCAUUCCCCCUUUGAAGUAUUCUACGGACGAUCCUCAAAUGCAGUAUCUCAAAGGGUAACGGGAGGGCAAUGUCAUACGGAAUCCAAUCCAAAAAGCGUUAGCACGGAACCACAAAAUACUGACUAUGAAAGAGUUUGCAAGAGAAGACAAAGAAUUCGAAGGAAAGCUCAGAAAUCAAACAACAUAUGGGAUAAACGCUACAUACAAAGAAGAAUGAAAAACAACCCUCCAUCUCAAUAUGAAAUAGGAGAAAGAGUAUUCCUUCAAUUUCCAUUCUCAAAAACAACUCGCACCGCUCCAAAAAAAAGAUAUGUAAUCAAGGGUAAAAUAUUGAAUAAGAAAGUAGUGCUUCAUAAAKAUGAAGUGCAGUAUGUGUCUCCCCUAACAAAAACUGAAACCAAAAGUUGGGUGUCAGUGGAGGACAUUACCAGCCUGACAAGUGAAGAAGAAAAAAAAAGAAAGAUAUCGCUAAAAGUAUGAAUCAAAAAGACGGAAAGAGUAAGAAAAGAGGAAAAGUCUCCCCAAGCCACAUUAAAAAAUAUUACAUUCCUAUUCAAAAGCAGGACCAUCACAUUGAAUUCAACAGUCAAGGCUUUUCCGUUGCAUAUGAUCCGGUUGGCAACGGCAAUUGUCAGUUUGAUGCUUUAGUACACUUCCUCCAGGACAUUGGGGUGUUUAGAUCAGCUCAAACACUGCGGGAAGAAUUAGUACGUUACCUUGAGGCAAACCCAACAGAUAAAGAUUGCUCACCACUGGAACUGUUUACUUCUUUGCCUUGGAGUCGGUAUUUAGCUGAGAUGUCGAGAGAUUUUACCUACGGAGAUCACUUGACAUUGCAAGCAUUUGAAAAUCUAUUUAACGUCAAAGUCAGCAUUAUUUCAUCCCUUGGUCCUGAGGGAAAAGUGAUUAUCGCUCCUUGGAACUCACAACCAACCGCCCAGGUAAUUCUUGGUCAUUACGCUGAGGAUGAUGGUGCACACUAUGUUUCCCUUCAUCAAAUCGCUGGAGUGGUAACAUGCAACGACGAUGACAUUCUUAGUGACACUGACAGUCAUGAAGCGUAUGACAAAGAGCAGACGGAAACAUCAUUUGAAUAUUCUACUCAUAAUAUUGCAGGGGCUUCCACACACGAGCUAGAAGAAAGCUGCAAAGAAAGCGUCAUCAGUGACGUUCACAGUUGGGAAGGUUAUGAUCAAGAGAGGGUGGCAACGUCCAUGAAACCUUUCACUGAAAUCCGAUUUAUAAACGAGAACGACGUUCUUCUUGCUUCUAGAAAUUCUUCAUCAUGUAACAACAACAUCGACAAACUUCCCAAUGAAAUUCUAGAAAGAAUUCUUCGACAAGUUAUUAUAUUUUCAUCUUCAAACUCUGAAGGUUAUGCUUGUGAUGCAUAUCAACAGUUGUGCAAAACAAAUCACAGAUUCCGUGACAUUGUUUUCAACAUUCGCAAACAAAUUCUACCUCACGUGCAUAUAUCGGAUGAGAACGCUAAAAGCGGUAGUGUGAGUGUGCGCAGUCUGCUAAAAAAAUACGGUCGUCACAGUGGGUUGCUGAGGAGGCUUUUGGAGAUCAUUGCUAAUUCAAAAUGGAUCAACGCAUGGCUGCAACUUGAAAGAAUGGAACAUGGAUGGUUUCUUAUUUCCAACAUUUUUUGGAAAAAUAGAUGAAAUAUAUUAUAUCAGUUUUCUCUAAUCACACAUAAAGGAAACGCACUCGUUCUCUCGUUAUGUUGAUGAGAACAGUAGGUGUAGUUGUUAUUGCAUUAAUUCAUUUCCAAUCGUUUGCUUGCGUUUUUGCUACUGCACAUCACAUUAAGCUGUUCAUAUUCAAAUUCUUGAAAAGUAGAAACGAUUUAUUUGAACUUGGUAUUUGAUUUCUUUGUACAGUCGCAUUUGACAUACUUAAACAAUUCUGUUUAGACUCUUGCUUUUUCCUAGCUACAAAAUCAUUUGCGAAGUUUUGUGUUGAAAAUAAUAAGUGCAAUUAAAUAUUAGCAUGUAUUUUAUAGCCAAGCCGAAAUGAAAAUGAUCAGGCAAUCGAGGAUAGCAUGCAAUUAUACGGGGCGGAUAGGGUUGACGUGUUGUUAGAGAGGAGCAAAUAGAGCUGUUGAUGGGUGAAGAUGUACAUGCAUAUAUGUAAAAUGUCGGCACAAAAGAUGAAGAAAGACGAAGAAAUAAUACCAAUUUCAUGCAAUUUCAUGCAAUUGUUUCGAGAAUCAGCAGCGUGUGCAGCGACGCCGUUUUGAACCUCUAAUCAAUCAUGUAAUCGAUAGUUAUAAAAUCAUUCUUGAGUAUCAAACUUUUAUAUUUCACUUAAUUAGUAUAUAAAA